AUGAGGCUCAUAAACACCCGUACAGGCCUCUUUGAGGAAUUCAUCGGACGAAACAUCCCACCCUACGCCAUUCUCUCGCACACAUGGGACGAUGAAGAAGUCAGCUUCCAGGACAUGACAUCGAACCCAUCAUGCAUGUCCAUGAAAGGGUUCCAAAAGAUCCAAGCGACUUGUCAAAUGGCAUGCGACGCCGACCUCACCUACGCCUGGGUCGAUACCUGCUGCAUUGACAAAACUAGCAGUGCGGAAUUAACAGAGGCCAUCAACUCCAUGUAUCUAUGGUACCAGCGCUCCAAAGUCUGCUAUGUAUACCUCGCCGACAUGGAUCCUUCUUCAGAUAUAAAAACUGCCCUCCCAAAUUGCUGCUGGUUCACCCGUGGUUGGACACUACAGGAGCUUAUUGCGCCUGACAAUGUCGUCUUUUUCGACCAAGAGUGGAAUCGGAGAGGCGAAAAGAGAAACCUGCUACAAGAGCUCUUCCUCAUUACUGGGAUCGGCGAGAAAGUUCUGGACCAUACACAACCACUAUCAUCCAUGUCUGUUGCGCAAAAGAUGUCGUGGGCUGCGCAUAGAGCGACCACGAGAAUCGAAGACAUUGCGUAUAGUCUACUCGGGAUCUUUGGUGUGAACAUGCCGCUCAUGUACGGGGAAGAGGACAAGGCAUUUCGGCGACUGCAAGAGGAAAUUAUGCGAACUACGCCUGAUUUGAGCCUAUUUGCGUGGAGAUUACCGCCUCCCGACGACGCCAUAUACGCUGACACGCAGAAGCGGCCGUCGAAGCGUGUGUACUGCGGCUUCUUGGCCGAUUCACCGCUGGCGUUUAGUCAGGCUGGAUCCCUGGCCAAGCGGCCGUUUGGAUCUCGAAGGGAGUUUGCGUUCUCCAACUGCGGAAUCAAGACGCAGGUCCAGACGUGGUCAUACACGAAACCGAAGCUGGGAAAACGAAGUUAUCUCCUCCCACUGGACUGCUCUUGGGAUCCCGACUUACCUCUUGGAGUGCUUAUCAAGAAGUGCGGCCCGGACCAGUUUCUUCGUGAAGAUCCCUGGAAUCUAGUCGAGUGCAGGGGGCUUGUGUCGCCGAAUCCUCCGCUGCAGAGGUAUUUACUAACAGAUCUGUCAGAAAUGACCAUGGAUCCAAACAAGCAGCUCCUUGAUUCUAGUAGAUUUCUAUCCCAUGUACGGCCGCACGUCCUCCAAUUAGAAGGAUCAGGGUCAAUUGAUACAUAUGAAGUAUGGUCCCGAGCACGUUGGGACGACGAGGACUUUGUCUUUUUCGUCGCUGCCAACCCAUCACACGACUCCAGCUUCAUGACGCUCGGUGUACGACUCCAAGUAAACAAAUGGGGUGUCAGUCUUCCUGAGCACGUCACAUUCAAGGUCAUUUGCUUCGUUGUAGGCUGGGCAUCUCCGUCGCAACCUGGCCCACAAAUCACGCUGCUAGACUACAAGAAGCAUCCGAUGAUGGAUGAGGUGCUCGCCCGGAUUAAGUUGUGGGAUCCGGAUACGCAUCAACUGUGGACGCAGCUGCGGCUCAGGGGGAUACCAAGAUCGCCAGAGGCGGUGUUUGCUAUUCCGGAGACGGACCUGUUUGCUAGGGUGUACUACACGCUGGAGUUGGUUACGGAUCCUGAGAUUUGUGCGAGGCAGUUUUGGAAAUUGCAUAUUGCGAGUGAGGUGUGUAGUAAGAAGGAUCUGAAGCCUGUUUCGGAUCAGCAUUGGACGUUUGAUAGGGUUAAGCAUGGGUGGAAGAAUGUUCCUUAG